ACCCCUCCCUCUCCUCGGCAUGGCCAACUACUACGAAGUGCUGGGGGUGCAGUCGAGUGCCUCCCCGGAGGACAUCAAGAAGGCCUACCGCAAGCUGGCCUUGCGCUGGCACCCCGACAAGAACCCCGACAACAAGGAGGAGGCCGAGAAGAAGUUCAAGCAGGUGUCCGAGGCUUACGAGGUCCUGUCCGACUCCAAGAAGCGCUCCGUGUACGACCGCGCGGGCUGCGACGGCUGGCGGGCGGGUGGCGGGGCCAGCACCCCCUACAGCAGCCCCUUCGACUCGGGCUACACCUUCCGGAACCCCGAGGACAUUUUCCGCGAGUUUUUCGGCGGCCUGGACCCCUUCUCGUUUGACUUCUGGGACGCCCCUUUCAACAGUGACCGCGCUGGCCGGGGCCACGGCCUGAGGGGGGCCUUCUCGGCCGGCUUCGGCGAGUUCCCGGCCUUCAUGGAAGCCUUCUCGUCCUUCGACAGCCUGGGCCGGGCCGGCGGCGGCAGCGCCAGCCGCACCACCUUCUCGUCCACCUCCUUCGGCGGCUCGGGCGCCGGCAGCUCAGGCUUCAAGUCGGUGAUGUCGUCCACCGAGAUGGUCAACGGACACAAGGUCACCACGAAGCGCAUCGUGGAGAACGGGCAGGAGCGCGUGGAGGUGGAGGAGGACGGGCAGCUCAAGUCGGUGACCAUCAACGGCAAGGAGCAGCUCAAGCGGGUGGACAACAAGUGAGCGCCCGCCGCCCGCCGCCCGCCGCACAGGCCGCCAGCGUGGCUGAUGGUUAAUAAAUGUGCCAAGUGAG